AUGCAGGGGGUCACUCAUUUGGCGCUGCUCUCGCGCAGCGGCCACUGCCGACCGGAGAGCCCGGAGGGCGAAGCGAUGCAAAAGUUGUGCGAGCGGCCAGUGGAGUUGCUCCUUCAGCCCUGCGACGUUUCCAAGCGACCAGAGGUGGAUGCUGCGAUUGCGGCGAUGCAAGGCGUACAGGAUCUACCAUGUGGAGGUGUUGUGCACGCCGCUGGCGUGUUGGAGGACCACACGAUCGCUCACAUGGAGAGCGGUCAUUUGCUGCCGGUCUUUUCGCCCAAAGUGGAUGGAGCUGUGAACCUGCAUGAAGCCUUCGCCAAGUCGAGCCUGGCGCACUUCCUGAUGUUCUCCUCGGUGGCGGCGUUGAUGGGCUCCCCCGGGCAGGGCAACUAUGCAGCAGCCAACUCCUUCCUGGACGCCUUCGCUUUGCACCGUCAAGCCAAAGGACUGCCUGCUCUGAGCUUGCAAUGGGGGCCCUGGGCAGAUGUUGGCAUGGCCGCCCGGGGCGGCGUGGGGGGCCCCGGCUUCUGGGCUCCAAAGGUGGCCCCCAGCGACGCGCUGCAGGCCCUGAGUGGUGUUUUGGCAGCCAAAGGAGACCCGCGGCGAUGGGCAUCACGCGCAUCAAUUGGUCGGUCUUGCUGA